AUGAAAUUAUUAGAGAUAAUAUCAAUUUAUUAUCCUUAAAUCUAAGAUUAUAAAAUAAAAUUUAAUUUCUUAGGUAGAAUAUGUUCUGUAACAACUCUUGAUGGUGAAAUUAGAAAUCUUAAAUAAUGGAGAUAAUUUUAUUAAAAAUAUUAGUAAUCAGCUAAAGAAAAAUUGAAAAUAAAAAAUAUCAUUUAUUAUAUAUCAAGGUAAAUGUAAUAAUAGAUUUUAGAUUACAAUAUGUAUGUAUGUCCUUAUAAGAUAGAGAUACGAUAAUGAAUGCUCACACUCUAGGAAUCAAAUUAAAUUUAUAAUAGGAAAUUCAAAAUGAAACAACUACAAUAGAGUUAAAUGAAAUAGAAGAUCCUGUUGUUUUAAGAGGAUCUGACAUGGAUUUGUUAAGCUAACCAACAGGACCAAUAUUUUUAGGAGAAUGCAAAAUUGCAUUUUAUAAGAGAAAUAGGGGAUAGAAUAUGAAUAAGAAGUUUUAGUUGAUUUGA